AACGCCUCCGAGCAAUACCGUCUUAUUUAGUCUUAGAUCAUAUAUGUACUAAGAUGGACACUCAAAAAUAUAUUAAAUUUUUUGUUCAUAUUUAUAUUUUGACAGUGUGUUGAUUGACUAUUGUGAUAACUGACUGUCGAACAUGCUAACAUUUGAAUUUAUGUUCCUGAAUUUCCUUGGCCCAGUGAAAAUAUCCGAAUUUUUUAUAUUUGUAAAGUUGAAGUCUGUCAAAUUCGUUGGUCAACAUGCGAACAACAUUUUUGUGCAUUUACAUUGUGUUCUCGUUCUCAGUGCGAGAACUGCAAGUGUGUGCGUUGAAGAUCAAGCACAACACAGAAACAAAACUAGAAUAUGACUCAUUGCACACGGCUGAGAAGGAUGGUAACUAUAUCCCCAGAAAGGAAGUUAUUGAUUUUGACACGAUCAUUUUCACGCUCUUGGAAAGCGAUGCGCCGUUAUUACUCACACAAGCCUUCGACCUCGAGGUACAACGCCACCUACACGCUGAGCUGUUUUCAUCGACAAAACUUAAAAGUUUCAACACCGUCAUUAGUUUCGUACACGUUCAGUGCGGUGAAGCAGCUGGCAUCAAGAACAUUCCAGAAAUACCUGUUUAUGUAAACCCCCUGACUAAUUACAAAAAAUUUGUCAAUGUUGAAACUAAAAUCGAAAAAGAAGCAGUAUUUCUAGAUGAUGGUAUUUCAUGUAUCUAUAACAACGGUGAUGCGAAACCUCGGGAUUUUCUAUCUGGACUCGAGAAAAGCGACUGUAACCCUGUGACAUUUCUGGACGAGUGGCCGGACAAGAGUACCUCGGGGCCGGCAGGCUGGGUCUCCCUCUGGGUUUUCUUCGACAUUUACGCCGCGCAGCAAAACGGAGGAGGUUGCUGUGGCGCUCGCCUACCCAUCAGCCCAACCUUGGCGGACAAGCUUGAAGUGCCAUCGUUCAUGCGGGACUUCGACCUCACUCAUCUUGAUUGGCAAAAUUCGUACGUCCUGUAUCUGCAUCCCGCGGCGAAAUUCACAACUGAAGGCAGGGGCGCUGAGCCUGCAGAACUGCCAGCGCGAUUCGUGUGCGUGUUGGAAGGGGACGGCAGCGUGUCGGUCUCAUCACAGGUGGCAGAGGCCGCGGCCACGACCAAAGGUGCGCGAUUGCGCGGUGCGUACGGCGCGGGCGACUGCCUCCUGCUGCCCAAAUCUUGGGCGUUCGAAGUGGCCGCUUCAAGCGCAACAUCCUUGAUGCUUUUAUCCUGGACUGAGGACGUGACAUUGAGUGAGGCUUUCAUGGAGCGUCUUCUCGAAAAUAAUGCUGCUAAAGUCUCAGUGAUGUCCCAGCAAAAAGCUCUGCCCUCAUCCGACCGAGACGACAGCGACAGGCUUACGCUGUCUCACUUCAUGCCAAGCGUUAGGCCGAGCAAGCGCAUGGCUUGGCUCGAUAAACCUAAGCUGCCCUACAUAUUUACGAGGUUUUUCUUCUCCAAGGUGCCGUAUCUGGACCUCGAAGAAUUUGUCAACCUUAUGAAAGUGGAUGCAAACGUGUUCCCAAGUCUCGUCGACUGCUCACCCAAGUCCGAAUGUUUCUUUUUGUUGAGCUACAUCUUCAAGCAGCUGGAUUUCAACGCAGACGGUCAGCUUAAUCAAGAUGAUUUGAAGUCGCUCACUCCGGCACGGUACCAGGAGUUGUCAGCUGAACUUGACGACCUCAUCCAAGAAGUUACUGAUGUAGCCACCGAUCAGUGGGAAGAAGCUCUUGCCGCGAGGUCGGCAGGGCGGGCCCAGGCGUCGCGCUGGACGGAGUUCGCUGGUCGAGCGCAGGAGAAGAAGCUGGCGUCGGCCCGAACAACGGCUCAGAGAGUCGCGCAGGGCGACUUGAGCUACGAAGAAAUUGCGAUAAUUCGCCAGACUUUGCCUGGACUUUAUGAACAGCUUGUUGAAUUAGGCAAGAUUGAUGAGAGUGGUUCCAGGGAAUAGGGGGUCCAAUGUAAUAACAAGUGGCAGGAAUAAUAACAUGCACAAUCUUUAUUGGGGCUCCAGCUCUGAAGCUAUCUUGCUCAGAAAGUCGUAGAAAAAACAUUAUCGGAGAUGGGGAUUAUCACAAUUUGUUCAAUCGUCAUCAUCAUAUAGUGCAGGGAGUUCCCAUUUGUCCAACACGAUGCAACCAGCAAGAAAGAAGCUGCGUAAACCUCUAAUACAGAGGCUUAGAAAAAAAGGAAGAUAAACUGAAAAAAAAGAAACUCUUACCCGAAGUUGCAAACGCGAAAGGUUGGCCGCCUAACAGAGGACUGCAUGAGUAACCAAUUUCCAUUGAAUUUACCUUUGAAUGUAGCUGUCGAGAUGUAAAGUGCGCUUAUUUUAGGCCACAAGUGUGUUGACAACGGUCGUUUCCAAUCCCAUUCAGCACGGAGCUUCCAUUCAAGUCCAGUUUAAAAAUUUAACGCAAAUUUGAACUUUUUCUUUUCUGA